AUGGAUUUCACGUCCGACCUCGACGGGCUACCGCGGUUCUCGGCGACGGAGGUGAGGCGCUACGAAAGGCCGAUGACAGCCUUUGAAAUGUGGGAAGCAAUGACUAACUACACGAGUGGUAAAUCGCCUGGUUUGGAUGGUUUGCGCUACGAGCUUUACGCUUAUAUGCCAGACUUAUUCGAAAUACUACGCAGAAAUUCUAAAUCAGCAGAAAGCCGUUUCCGUGCAUUGUUACAGGAUGAGAACCUGGAUGACAAAACUCCUUCAGAAUUUCUUAGGCGGAUCAGAGAACUCAGUGAUGAUACACCUGCGGACAGCGUCUUCGUAAAGAAAUUAUAUUUUUCCUGCUUACCAACUAAUGUACAGACGAUAUUGGCGAAUAUGGUUGACACCAACACUAUAGAUCAAAUUGCUGCGUCUGCAGAUAAGAUAAUGGAAUUUUCUCACAGACCCACCAUUGCUGAUUCGAUUAUUGCUUCAUCGUCUUCUCGACAACAGCCUGAUAAUACAAAUGGAGACACCAUGUUGAAGGCUAUCGAUGGUUUAACGCGCCAAAUAACUCAAUUCUGUCUCGUUAGUCGGCGUUCGCGAAGCCGUUCUUUAUCUUUUAAACGACGUAACACUUUUUCAACCAGCAAUUUUUCGGUGUGUUGGUACCGCGCACAUUUCCAUGACAAAGCACGUCAUUGUAACAAGUAUUGUGCUUUUAAAGUGUCGGAAAACUGA